CUCAACGGAUGUUGGACAUUGAGGAGCCGUUGGUUAAAAACAAGAAAUACCCGUUUUUCAAAACGCCCAGACUUGGCGGGUCACGACGGAUACGCAAUCGGUUGGUACAGAAGCAGGGUCUCUGCAACAUCAGUUUGAAAAAUGUACCAAAACAAAGGAGGAAAUAUUUUUCUGACAUUUUCACGACAGUCAUUGAAAUGAAAUGGAGAUGGUGCUUGCUGUACUUUUCAUUGUCUUUCAUGAUCAGUUGGUCAUUCUUUGCAACAGUAUACUUCCUUAUUGCAAAACAGCAUGGAGAUAUCGAACAGAUUGCAAAUGCAACAUGGACACCGUGUAUUGUGAAUGUGCACAAUGAGCUCAAUGCGUUUUUAUUCUCAUUCACAACUCAAACCACUAUUGGUUACGGGUUCAGGUACCCAACAGACGCAUGUCCUUUGACAAUUGUCACAAUGUGCUUCCAGUUCAUGUGGGGUGUUAUGACUCAGACUUUAAUGGCUGGUAUUAUCUUCUCCAAGCUGGCAAGACCCAUCAAACGUGCAGCAACUCUGAUAUUCUCCAAAAAUGCGGUAAUAUGUCUGCGAGAUGGGAAACUGUGUCUGUUAUUUCGAGUUGGUGACAUGAGAAAGUCAAGUUUGGCGGAAGCGCAUGUUCGGUUGCAGAUGAUCAAACGAUGUGUGACGUACGAAGGGGAAUUGUUGCCUUUUCAUCAGUUUGACAUGGAUGUCGGGUAUGAUCAAGGGCUUGACAGAGUUUUUGUCAUUUGGCCAAUCACGAUAUGCCAUGAAAUUGAUGAAAGGAGCCCGCUUUGGGAGAUUGGAGCAGAUGAUUUAAAAAGCGCAAAAUUUGAGAUUAUUGCAAUUUUGGAAGGAGUGGUGGAAAGCGUCGGUUCAACUACCCAAGCACGGACAAGCUACCUUCCGUCGGAAAUAUUAUGGGGGCACAGGUUUGAAAAACUGGUGCACUACAAGAAGGAAAAUGGCCAGUAUAACAUUGACUUUGGCAAAUUUCACAACGUGUACUCUGUAAAUACCCCGACAUGCUCAGCAGCGGAAAUUGAAAGGCUUAGGUCAGAAGGGAUAUUCAACGAGUCGGAGUACCAAAUGUACCCACCGUCAGACAAUAAGCUCAAUCUUCUUGAUAAUGAUGAAAUGUCACCGGUUCGCGACUCGAUAGAUCUCAAUCAGGUACCACAGAUACAAAUUUUGCGAAGAGACAGUGAUGAAGACCCUGAUGCUGGAGAGGAAAGUAUGGAAUUGGUUGACCUUGGAAUUCACCACAAGUGCUCAAUUCGCUCUCAAUCUCCCAUCAUCAACUCGACCUCUCACCUUCUUCAGCCAAUGCACAAGAACUCUUGUUCCGUUCGAAGAGGCAUGUUAGCUCCUCCAGCUUCUCAUUCAUAAAUUGUCAAAGGCUUUUUAUUUUUCUUUUUUUUUGCAUUUUAUUAGAGCAUGUCACAAUACUUCUUACAGCUUCUCACUUCUUUUUCGUUUUUUUUUAAAUUUUGAUUAUUUCCUUGUAGCGCUUGUGGUAUACUUUUACAGCAGAAUCUUUUUUAAUUAACAACUAAUUAACAUCGGAUUUUUCGUUUCUAAAAUAUUUUCAGGUUUUAACUAAAUUAGGUUGAACGCUGACUAAGUUUGUAUUUGUACUAAACAAAAUUAGCUAUGCACUGACCAAAAUUGGUAAUUCACUGGCCGAUUUUCAAUUUGCACUGACCGAAAUUGGAAAUGCACUGACCAAAAUUGGUAAUGCACUGACCAACAUUGGUAAUGCACUGACCAAAAUUGGUAAUGCACUGACCAAAAUUGGUAACGCACUGAUCAAUUUUCUAUUUGCACGGUCAAAAUUUUUCUGAAAGUGUUCACAUUUCAGGGUUUUUUUAGCUUCUUUUUUAAAAAAUUUUCUGUGUUAGAAGCUAGAAAAGGAAAUAUUUGUUCCUUUUUUCCACUUUUGCAUGUAAUUUUGAUUAUCAUUUUAACGUUUGAUUUUUAUCAUAAACGUGUUUUGUUGUG